GUUUUUGGUGCAAAGGCUGUGGCGAGGACUGUGUUUCUUGUCAUUUCCAGCUGAAAAUAUGCCUCUCCCUCCUCUUUUACAAGCACGGCUAGCGAAGAGAGGGAUUCUACAGGAAUCGGAGAAAGAAUCUCCAGAUGAAGAGAUCAUAGCAGCAGACUACGGUGAGACCACUGCCCCCAAGGGUAAGGUGGACGGCUGCCCCAACGUGAACAACCCCUACCACACCUGUGUGGAGUACUGCAGAACACGCUGGGGCACCACCAAGCAGGACACACCGGUACUGCAGCAGGGCCACCAUCACAACACACUGCCACCAAACUGGGUCAAAGUCUGGGACGAGAAAAAUCAGCACCAUUAUUACUGGAAUGCAGAGACAGACCAAGUCUCGUGGCUGCCUCCUACAGACCCGGCAGCGAAGAUCACAGUUCCAGCAGCCUGGCUAGAAGGCAAGUCAACUGAUAAAUCGGACAGUGAAGCAGAGGGUGACGAUGAUGAUGAUGAUGAUAAUGAUGAAGAUGACCAGGAUGAUGACCUAACAGACGACAGUGAAGACAACGACGCCCACGACAGUUCAGACGCAAAGCGGAGGAGAGAGCCAAUCGGAAAACCUCGCUACAUGGAGUCUCGACAACAGAGAAGACCAGCGCCCUACCAGAGAGGUGGAGGGGGUAGGGACCGACGUAGAGGAUCAGGAGGGCGAGACAGAGAUGAACUUGACCCCAUGGACCCUGCCUCAUACUCAGAUGCACCAAGAGGAACAUGGUCGACUGGACUUCCCAAGGCAAACGAGGCCAAAACUGGCGUAGAUUCCACGGUCUCGGGGCCGCUGUUCCAGCAGAGACCGUACCCGAGUCCCGGGGCCGUCCUGGCCGCUAACCGGGCCGCCGCCGCCAAGAAAUAGACUUUCUCUUGCUACAACUGUGAUCAGUUGUAAUAUAAUACUAGUAGUAGUACGAUCAGCCAGUCAAAAAUUUAAGUUCAGCUCCCAGGGAAUUUCGAAACCCUUAUCAGCAUUAUGCAACUUAUCGUACUAUCUUGUCUUGAUAUAGAAAUUAAAGCAAAGUAAGAUUUUCAAUUGAAAGAGAAUUCAUCCCUAGGGCACUAUAUUACAUGUACGAUUUCUAUGAUCUGUCAUCAUGUUCAUAUUUAUAUGCUAGAUAUUUCACUUUGGACAAACUAUAGAUUUUCCCUAUUCCCAGUGCCCCUCUAAAGUUAAAGAGGCUGUUUUAGUUUAAACAAACACUUGGACACUUAGCAUGUGUUUCAUUAUGUCUUAAAGCUAAGUAGUCCUCUAUAGAUACUAAGAUUCCAGGAUGGUUCCAUUAAAAAAGGAUUGUUACUUUCUGGAAAAUGGAAUGAUCCUGAAUAUGGAAAAUUGCAAGUAAAAUCUUCCUUCAAUUUCUUGGUACUUUUUCCGGUCUAAAAUAUGCAUUUUCUGUCAGUGUAUUUUCCUCUU